UCCUCCAUUCUCCGUUCUCCGUGCUCCGUGUUCCGUUCUCCAUCGCACGGUUUCUGUUGUGGCCAUCCGCUGAUAUGGCGACGGUCCCUCGGCAGCGUCGCUCCGUUUUUCAAGCUGGCUGGCUAGUUGGGUCAGUUGUUCCGCGCCAGCCGUCGGGCGACAACAAUGACCACUCGACGACGACGCCAACGUGACAGCAUUUAUCGAUUUUCGUCAAUCCCAGUGGAGGAGCGCUAGGAGCAGCAGUCAAGCCAAAGUCCAGCCUCGCAGACCCACUGGGUCGGAUUAACGGCCUUCACAUGAGCAUGCUGGGAUUUGUCUACCUGGUUCUCAUCCUGGGCUGGAUACUGAUCGUCUUGUUCCUGAAGUGCAAAAAGUCCUUGGCCGCUCCAUUUCGGUUUGGCGAAAACUACACCGAUGCCAUCGCCGAUACGGAACGUCGACCAUCGGUGCACGUUAUCCAGUUGCAGCACGAUGAUGUGGAACGCGAGGAUCACUAUAUGAACAAUUUUCACCAAAACACGGAGAAUCUGCAGCGCUACUCGCACCGCUCGCAACGGUCUACGCUGGAGGAGCGCACCAUCGAGCGGACGUAUCCCACGGAUGCAGUGAUAAAUCCUGCCUACAUGCACGACGAGGACUACGUGAUCAAUGCACCUCCGCCGUCCUACGAGGAGGUAAUGCGCCAGCCGCAGGUGUAUCCACAGGUGCGCCACAACAACCACAAGAUCAGCGAUGCUGAAAUAUAGCCUAGUUAACCCGAUUAUCAAAUUGUAAAUAUGCGUA